AUGCCUGCGGCUCGAAGAAAAGAUCUGCUUGCCAGCCGAAGAAGGCGACAAGACGAUGGGGAGGAAGAUGACUCAGUUUUGGGAGACUUAGAAGAUGACUCGAUGAGCGAAGGAUCUGCAUUGAGCAACGGCGAUGAUGAUGAUGCAGAGAAUGGAGGCGGCAAUUCCAGUGGAGAAGAGCAUGACCCUGCAAAAACCCCCUCUAACACGACAAAGCCAGCUGGACGACAAGCGGAGGAAGGGGACGUGCAUAUAUCAUCAACUCAUGGGUCUUUAAGUCCUGAAGGUCCAUCCCAGCUCACCGCUGAUACGGACGCCAUACUACAUGGACUUGCUGAGGCCCCAAAGUCACAAGAGCCGGAAGAAUUUCGCUUCGAAGACCUGGCAACUUCCACCGAAGAUGGUGCCGUCACUGCCAGUGAAGUUGUGGUUCCCAGGCCUCCUCGACAUGAGACACCCUCACAGCGCAGCCGAAGGGAGCACCAAGAGUAUAUCAAGCAGCGCAACGCCAAUCCUGCUUUUGUACCUACGAGAGGCGGUUUCUUUCUUCACGAUGACCGCAGCUCAAGACACUCGGGGCCAAAUCAGAGGCCAUAUGUACGUGGCAGAGGUCGGGGAGUUGCGACCCCGAUGCAUGCAGGACGUGGCAGUAGCUUGAAUGAGCCUACAGACAAGCCCUGGGCUCAUGAUCUUCAUGAAGACCAUGAAACGGCGCUGAAAGCAGGACCGCCGCAAACGAAGAAAGAGUCACAAUCAGAGAAGCGACAAGCACGAACCCCUCCGGUAUCAGCGGCUCCCAAUAGAUUCUUUUCGUUUUCAAUGGUGCUGGGAAAUGUGACUGUUCAGAUCUCUUUUCCCGGCAUUUCUCAGAAAAUCUCAAUCCCGAAUGUUGUCAAGAAGCAGCACACUUUGCUUCCACAGCAUCGCCCUCCUCUAAGGCGGGACAAACCCGUUCGAAUCUCAAUGCCAGGAACAGCACCCCGAUACAUCUUCCCAAGCACCGAAAGAUCAUUUAUCUUCAUCCCUCGGGCAUUGCGUCCAAACCAACAGUCAUAUCGGGGUCGUGGGCGGGGGAGCUUCCAAGGAAGCCGGAGACCAAGCAUCUAUGGCAGUGUGUAUACCCCAAGUAUUGCAAUGAGCCGGAAGUCUUCCCUGGGAGCAUCUACCAUGAGGGAUGGUAUACGAUCGCCAACUGAUUCGAUAUUGUCGCGUAUGGCCGUUCCUGGCACAGAAAGCACUCGACCUGUUGUUCGCAUGCCCUCCACAGUCCCUACGCCCUCACUUUCGAGGACUGGAAUACCCGGAAUGAAUGGAGACAUGGGAGUUAGUGCGCAACUACCUCAGGUACAAACCUCUACUCUGUAUGGUAGCCAUUCGACCGCGAUACCGAUGCAUCAGCCGAGACCUCAGAAAGCCGUGUCUGUUGCAGAUAUCGAGUCUCCAGCAUCAUUCCAAUUCAAAGCACCACAACCACAACAAGAACAACCAUUCCACCAACAAGUCCCAGCUCACAUUGCCAAUGCCUAUGCGGACGAAAAAGCAAAUCAGCCUGGUCAGCAAAGCGUCCCAGCCAUGGCUGGAGUGACACCGCUGUCGCAAAUACCUGAAGGCGCAGUCUUCGGGCAAGGCUUUCAGCCGUACCCAGUCAUUGGCGCGCCGGCCUACUUUGGUGCGCCUUACAAUGCUGGCACGGUUUACUAUCCCCCAAUGGCAGACACAACCUCUUUCGGCCUUCCAAUGUCCGCUCCUUCUUUGGCACCUAGCUUUGUGCCAGGUUCUCACUCACAUCCUGUCGCUUACAUGCCUGCUCCCAGUGCGCUGGAAGCCAGCCUCCCACCCAACCCUGUUAUUCACGAAUCAAACGGCAUGGUAUUUUACUAUAACCCACCUAUGUUUGCGCCCGACGCUCCAGGCAGACUACAACCCUUGCCUGUCGCUUCAAAUGGUAAUGUGGCGACGAUGACCAAUGGAACCUCGGGGCAAACCCCUUUUUACUUCUCUUCUGCACCCACGGGCAUGUUUUAUCCGGCACAGUCUGGCUGA